ACAGAGCUGUGACCUGGCCCUGCUCGCAGCAGACGAGCCUGCCCACCAUGGCGAGCCCCACUCUGAGCCCCGACUCCUCAUCCCAGGAGGCCCUGUCGGCCCCCACCUGCUCCCCCACCUCUGACUCCGAGAACCUCAGCCCCGAUGAGCUGGAGCUGUUGGCCAAGCUUGAAGAGCAGAACCGGCUCCUGGAAGCCGACUCCAAGUCGAUGCGCUCCAUGAACGGCUCCCGGCGGAACAGCGGCUCCUCGCUGGUGUCCAGCUCCUCGGCCUCCUCCAACCUGAGCCACCUGGAGGAGGACACGUGGAUCCUGUGGGGCCGGAUCGCCAACGAGUGGGAGGAGUGGAGGCGCAGGAAAGAGAAGCUGCUCAAGGAGCUGAUCCGCAAGGGCAUCCCCCACCAUUUCCGGGCCAUCGUGUGGCAACUCCUGUGCAGCGCCACGGACAUGCCCGUCAAGAACCAGUACUCGGAGCUGCUCAAGAUGUCCUCGCCCUGUGAGAAGCUGAUCCGCAGGGACAUCGCCCGCACCUACCCAGAGCACGAGUUCUUCAAGGGCCAGGACAGCCUGGGCCAGGAGGUCCUCUUCAACGUCAUGAAGGCGUACUCCCUGGUGGACAGAGAGGUGGGCUACUGCCAGGGCAGCGCCUUCAUCGUGGGUCUGCUCCUCAUGCAGAUGCCCGAGGAGGAGGCCUUCUGUGUCUUCGUGCGGCUGAUGCAGGAGUACCGCCUGAGGGAGCUCUUCAAGCCCAGCAUGGCCGAGCUGGGGCUCUGCAUCUAUCAGUUCGAGUCCAUGCUACAGGAGCAGCUCCCGGAUCUGAACACCCACUUCCGCUCCCAGAGCUUCCACACAUCUAUGUAUGCCUCGUCCUGGUUCCUCACACUCUUCCUGACCACCUUCCCGCUCCCCGUUGCCACUCGUGUCUUUGACAUCUUCAUGUACGAGGGCCUGGAGAUUGUGUUCCGGGUCGGCCUCGCCCUGCUGCAGGUGAACCAGACGGAGCUAAUGCAGCUGGACAUGGAGGGGAUGUCCCAGUACUUCCAGAGGGUGAUCCCCCACCAGUUCGACAGCUGCCCGGACAAGCUGAUCCUCAAGGCCUACCAGGUCAAGUACAACCCCAAGAAGAUGAAGAGGCUGGAGAAGGAGUACGCAGCCAUGAAGAGCAAGGAAAUGGAGGAGCAGAUCGAGAUCAAAAGGCUUCGGACGGAGAACCGGCUCCUGAAACAACGGAUUGAGACCCUGGAGAAGGAGAGCGCUGCUCUGGCUGAUAGGUUAAUCCAGGGCCAGGUGACGCGGGCGCAGGAGGCCGAGGAGAACUACGUCAUCAAGCGGGAGCUGGCAGUGGUGCGGCAGCAGUGUAGCUCAGCGGCCGAGGACCUACAGAAGGCGCGGAGCACCAUCCGGCAGCUUCAGGAGCAGCAGGACAACCCGCGCCUCACCGAGGACUUUGUGGCCCACCUGGAGACUGAGCUGGAGCAGUCACGGCUGCGGGAGACAGAGACGCUGGGGGCCCUGCGGGAGAUGCAGGACAAGGUUCUGGACAUGGAGAAGGUGCGACUGGGCCGGCAAGUGGGCAGGUGUUGGGGAGACCGUGGAGGAGGGGAGGUGGAGGGACCAGAUGUGCUUCUGGAGGUGCAUGAGCAGGCCCUAGUUGAGAAGGGACGGGCCCCGGGGCGGGCCCGGCUUCUGCCCCCCGUGACCUGGCCCGCCCCGCAGAGGGAGGAGGGCCGCAUCCAGGGCCAGCUGAACCACUCCGACUCGUCGCAGUACAUCCGCGAGCUCAAGGACCAGAUCGAGGAGCUGAAGGCCGAGGUGAGGCUGCUGAAGGGCCCGCCGCCCUUCGAGGACCCGCUGGCCUUCGACGGGCUGGGCCUGGCGCGGCACCUGGACGAGGACUCGCUGCCGUCGUCCGACGAGGAGCUGCUCGGCGUGGGCGUGGGCGUGGGCGCGGCGCUGCAGGACGCGCUCUACCCGCUGUCCCCGCGCGACGCGCGCUUCUUCCGCCGUCUGGAGCGGCCGGCCAAGGACAGCGAGGGCAGCUCAGACAGCGACGCCGACGAGCUGGCCGCGCCCUACAGCCAGGGCCUGGACAACUGAGGCCGAGCCCCGCGCGCCGGAGCCAGGGAGCCACCACCCGCUCCGCCGCCGCCUGGGGCCACACCUGAUAUAAACUCCGUGCGCUCCGCUCCGUGGUCCCGCCCACCCGGGGGCUAGGCCCAGAGCGGCGUGGUGCAGAGGGUAGGGCCGCGGGCUGAGGAUCCUCAGGGUCCCCCGACAGGCCCACUCUCCACAGCAGUGUUUACCCAUCUUGGUCUGUACCCCUCCGGGUCCAGUUCCCGGGAGGGUCUGCCCCUCUUAACAGCCAGGGCAGGGGACGACCCGGAGGUCCCGGGACUGGACGCGCAGGAAGCUCCCUCCUCCCAGCAGUCCCUCUUCUGGGACACGGGUGGCCCUGCUGGGAAGGGCCCAGGGGCUAAAGGAGGCCUGAAGAAGAAGGGGGACGGGUCUGGGCUGGACAUUACCACCCCACGAUGCCCCUGGGGACCCUUGGCGGCUGGGCACAGAUGGCCAGGCUGGCCUUUCCUGCCUGGUGCAGGCAUCAUGGCCCCUGCAGCAGAAACCAAAGUCCCCCCUACUGUGUGCAGGGCCACCUGGGGUGUGAGCGGACAGCAGAAACCAGCCCGGGCGUGGGCAGUGACUGUCCCUGCUUCUUGGGGGCCAGAGCAGCUGCAAGGAAGUGAAGAGACCCCCCUCGCCCCAGCGCCCCCCCAUACUCCUGUGUGAGACACUCCCGUCACCUUGUCUUGGCCAACGAUGGAGAGGCUCUCCCACCCAAGCUAGCCUGCUCUCCAAGGGGGUCCCCAGCCUCUUCAUCCCUUCCUUCCCUGUGGCCCCAGCCCCACCCUCCCCAGGGGAGGACUCUUCCCAGUGGUUACCUCCCCUCCGCUGCUCAUGGUGGUCCCGUGGUCUUUGCAGAGUCGGAGCUGAGAACGGUGCCAAAGUCCAACGAUGCCCCCAGCCCCUUGCCCCCAGGGCCUUGCGACCCUCGGGCCUGACCCUGUCGGUGCUCCUGGAGCCCGGAGCAGCAUCAAAAGCAAUCUCCCUGGCGCUUCCUGGGGUGGGGACCCAUGGUCAGUUCUCCCGUCCCGGUUGCCCACUCCUCAGUGUUACAAAAGCCUGGGGACCAGGGUGGGCGCCCACGGGGCUCUCCCACGUGCCCCCCACACUGCCCACCACCAUUUUGCACACUGCCUGUUCACACGCCACACGUCGCCCAGGCGGGAAAGAUGGAAAAUAAAGUGUAUUUACACAGUCACA